UGAUAGGAUGACAGUACUUCCGCAUAUAUACGUGAGCAUUUGCGUAAUCAGCCGGUCUGCCCCUCAGCGCGGCGCAAAUUCCGCCGUCGGCAAUGGUGGGGGCCGUCACACCCUCCUAUACCCGCUCGGCUUGCGGCGGCCUCGAGCUCGCGCACUCAUAGCUGUCGCAACAAAACACCACCUACAUACCCAUCAAUCACGGCGCUCCUGCACAGCUGUCAGAAUCAUCGUACCUUGUUUUCUCUCGAAGCUGAGCAAAGAAGAAUACGAAGAACGAACACGAAGAAAAAAAAGACCCGCGACUGUAUAAACCAUGUCUUGGCUUGACAUUGCCCCCGACAGCCCCUUCUCGCUGGCCAACCUGCCCUUUGGCAUCAUCAGCACCUCGGGAAACUCGACGCCUCGCGCCGCCGUUGCCGUUGGCACCUAUGCCUUUGACCUCUCGACUUUCUCGCCCGCAUCCGCCCCCGCAAAGGUCAAGCAGCACUGGGAGGCCUUCUCGCAGCCUACCCUCAACACGUUUGCCUCUCUCGGCCGUCCGUUCCACCGAGAAGUGCGCGAAUACCUGCAGACCGUGCUCAAGGAUGCCUCCAACAAGGAUGCGGUCAGCAAGUGCCUCAUCCCCCUCGCCGAGGUGACCAACCACCUGCCUCUCAAGAUUGGCGACUACACAGACUUUUACGCCUCGACAAACCACGCGUACAACAUUGGCGUGCUUUUCCGUGGCCCGGACAAUGCCUUGCAGCCUAACUACAAGCACCUCCCUGUCGCCUAUCACGGUCGUGCGUCAUCAGUGGUCGUGUCAGGCACACCAAUCCGCCGCCCAUGGGGCCAAAUCCUCCUGGACCCCAAGGCCGAGCCCAAGGUCCCCACAUUCACGCCCUGCAAGCGUCUCGAUCUCGAGCUGGAGAUGGGCAUGUUUAUCUGCACGCCAAACAACCUCGGCGAGCCGGUCGAUGUCCAGAGCGCCGAGGAGCACAUCUUUGGCUAUGUCCUGAUGAACGACUGGAGCGCGCGUGACAUCCAGGCCUGGGAGUACGUGCCACUGGGUCCGUUCACUAGCAAGAACCUGGGCACGAGUAUCUCGCCGUGGGUUGUCCUUGCUGACGCGGCUAUCCCGCGCACCGAGGGACUUCCGAACGAGAACCAGCUCGCCUCGUAUCUGCAAGAAGGCAAGAAGGCCAAUAUGCUAGAUAUUUCGCUUGAGGUGGACCUCAUUACUGCCAAUGGCAAGAAGAAGACUAUUACAAAGACCUCGUCCAAGAACCUUCUCUGGUCGUGGCCCCAGAUGAUUGCGCACCAUACCAUCACGGGCUGCAACCUACAGCCCGGUGACUUGUUCGGCUCAGGCACCAUCUCGGGCACCGAGACCGGAACCGAGGGAUCCCUGUUGGAGCAGACCAAGGGUGGUAAGAUGGUCGUCAAUGUGGAGGACGAGGAGCGCAAGUUCCUGCUGGACGGAGAUUCUAUCGUCAUCAGGGGUUGGGCCGGCAAGGACGGCGAAAGAAUCGGAUUCGGCGAGGUCGGGGGCCAGAUCCUCGCCCCUCUGGACUUGGGGAAGAAAUAAGAAUCCUCUGCAAAAUGGAACAGGACAAGCAUAAUAGAAUCAA